AUGUACGCCGCUCAGAAUAUAACGCCAACAGUUUUGGAUGCUAUGAAUGGAAAUGUUUCCGAAUGGUAUAACGAAUGCGACAAUGCCAUUAGAAGGUCAGAAAUAGUUCCUGGAACUUACGAAUAUACAACUGCUGUUUCUUAUGGAAACGUAGGUGAGUUUGGAGAAGGUUCUUCAACAACAGUAGAUAUUGCUUGCGACAGGUUUCAUAUAAUUUCUAUUGACAACUCUUUCUUAUACGUGGAACAAGACAUUGAAAUAAAACCUUCUGCCAAGUUGUCUGACAAGAAAGGUUGCAAUGGAAUUUUCUAUGUCGGAUACCAAUAUGCUCCAGAAGUUUUCAUGGGAUAUAAGAUAUAUUCUAACUCUGACUUAGUUCAAACAGUAACAUGGGCAAACUAUGAAUGGUUCGCUUUGAGAAACUCAGUACAACCACAAGCUAGAGAACAAACAGACCAGUAUGCAACUAUUGAGAAAAUAAGAAGACUUGACCCUAA